AUGCUACUCCCUCAGGUCCUCCGCUCACGGACGCAACUCGCUCGCCCUCUUCUCCAGCGCUCAAUUCGCCUCCACACACCACACACCGCGGCGGGCGCGUCUCCUCUGCGAUGCUUCUUUGCCACUGUCUCGGAGGGAUUGGAGGGAGAGGCCUCGGAGCCUGCUGUGCCGUCACCGUCUUCUUCGGUGGCGGCGGAAUCGGAGAGCUCUGAUAAUACUACUGCUGAUACCUCUGCUACUAUUACUACUACUACUACUACUACUCAGGCUCAGACGCAGACACCGACUGAGACCCAGACACCAACACAAAUUGAAACCCACACACAAACACAGACUGAAUCCCAGACACAAACACAGACUGCGGGAGGGGCCCCAAGACGAAUACGUCUGCGGAAACUAGCAUCCGGCGUGGCCCCCAUCCGCCGAGUCCGCUGCGAUCUCCAUGACCCCGACGCAAUCGCCCGCGCGGGAUUCAACAUCCGCCGCUCCGGCGAGGAGGCCAGCUACCGCAUCAUCACGCUCGAGAGGCUGCUCGAAGUCUGCAGAGACCCCACAGUUGUGCCCACUCAAAACAUCAUGCUCAGAAAGCUGGAAUUUAACCCGGAGAAAAAAACCUUGCUCAAGGAGACGACGUAUAACAUCCAGCACAGCGACCUUGCAGAGGAACGGAAGUGGGUGGCGGCGGUAACGGAGGGGCCGCAGGAGGCGGCAGUAGGGAGAUCGCCGAUUUUGGAGCUGUUGGGGGUGGCUGAUGCGGAGAGUGAUAUGAGUAAAUAUGUGGUUGUCAAUCACAAUGUGUCGAGCCUGGGGAUUGGCAUGCAGCAAUCGACCCCGGAGCAGUUGCGGAAUCCGGUGGAGAGCUUUUUUCCGCGGCGGAUAGAGGAGAAUAUGAAGUUUCUCAAGCUGGCGGGGACGAAUACGCAUGCCAUAGUGGAGAUCAAGGACGGACAGUUCCAUUCCUACCCCAUCAUCACCGCCAUCAAAAUUGUCUACAAUCAGAUCAACAAACUCACCCACAAUCUCGACAGGGACUAUGUCAUGAGAUUGCCCCAAGUGCGCGGGGGUCGGGAGGGCAAGAUCUAUAGGUCAAUGCUCGUCCAGGUCAAGCAGGCAACAGAGUACGCAAAGGCUAUAUUGCAAACCCCCAUCAGCGAGCCCAUAUCAAUCACCCGGGCCACCACCGGCAAGCCAGAAACCUUCUCCCGCUACGACGCACUCCUGCUCUACUUUGAAGAGUCCGCAGAGGCAAUGCGAAAGCUCAGAAAGGUGGUGGCGCACUCCAUCCUGGCACCAGGGGUCAACAGGGAUAUUGUAGAAGAUAGAGCCGAAGCCGACGAGUACGAGACCUUCGCGGAGAUGGCGCUCCUCAAUAGAAGGAUCACAAACAACAUGGAGGCGAUCAAGGCUGCGCCGGAAGGAUAUAGCCAGAUUGCGGUCGAAAGAUUCGCGGGCACGUCCCUCAUGCGCCCGAUCAACGCACUAGACGUGGUCACAAGACAGCUGGCGAAUAAUAUCGAGAAUAUCCAGAACGAGAUUAACAUCAUCACGAAACCCCGCGGUAUCGUGCGCUUUUUAAACGCGCUCCACCAGCCGCGAGCUGCGGCGGCGGCCGCGCUGGCGCAGAUACAGAAAGAUAAAGAGGAGGAGGAGGAGGAGGAGGAGGAGGAGGAGAAGGCUAGACUGGCUAUAAAGUUCGUAAGGUCGUCGUCGCCGGCUGCGGCGGGGGCCGUCCCCAUACGAUACAUCAACCAUGACAGUAUGUAUCGCCCAGGCGCCUCCUCUACCCCCACUACCUCCACAUCCGCACCCGUCACAACCACUACCAUCCCCGGCGGCAGCAGGGAAUACUCAACCUCAAACGUCACCUUCCACGGCCUCGAGCCGCGGCGCAAAGACGUCAAGAAAAGGAACGCAUUCGGCAGGAUCAUCCCCAUGGACGCACCGCCGCCCAAGAAGUGGCCCAUCGUUGUCAAGGAGGGCACUAUCAGGCACAAGCUGCAGCUGGCAGAGCAGAAGAGGCUGGAGGCGAUGCAGGGACUGGGGUAUAGUCUGAUGGCGGGGUCGCAGCUGGGCGGGUCGAGGACGGGCACGAUGACGGAGGUGGUGGAGAAGGAGGGUGAUGGCGGCGGGGUGAGCACCUGGGAGGGCACGGGCGAGAUUGGCGGGCUUAAUGAUGAGAGCGGGUUGACGCCGUUGAAGAAGGGAGAUUUGUGUGAGCUUCGAAUUGGCAGCGGCACCCGCAUCGCAAUCUACCUCCGCCCCAGCCCCAACGGCCAACCCACCUCCGACUUCCUCCUCGAAAGCGGCGAUCGGGCCAUGUACGCGGCCGCACGAGUAGCAUUCGCCAUUCCGUCCUUCAUCAGCGAGGAGAAAGCGGCCGAAAUCAUCACCACCGUCGACGUCAUGCGCUCCAACAGCGACCUGCCCCCGCAGCGCCACAACGAGCUGGUGCUCCCCCGCUCGGCGAUUGCGGACGUCAUCCAGAAGAUGCGGGUCUUUUACGAUAAGGCGAGGGGCCUGUAUGCGGCCGAGAAGGCCAACUUUGUGAAGCUGUAUGAGCGUAUGGCGCUCGAGGGGGCGGACACGGAGCUCACGCUGUUUGAGGCGGCCGAGGAGAUCUUUGGGGAAUCGUAUGGCGACGAGCAGCUGUACACGACGCAUCUGGCGCUCAUGGAGGACGGCGUGCGCUAUCUGACGGACAAGGGCGCGCACAGGGCCACGAGCACGUUCAAGGUCAGGGCAAAGAGGGACGUGCGCAUGAUUGAGUUUGUGACGGAGCAGGUGCGCGUGGGGACGGGCGCGGAGCAGGGGGACAGGAAGGGUGUUGUCAGGAAGUUGAAGCAUGAAAUGCCGCUGCUGGAGAGCUUUGCGAAGAAGGCGAGGGUCUUGAUCGAUAUCAGCCGGAAGAACACGGCGCAGGACCUGAGUGCGAAGGGGGGACCGGUCACGAGGGUGCCCGUGAAGCAGGUGGAGUGGGACGAGAACGAUAUCAAGUUUAUCGACUACAUCAAGGCGGGCGUGCUGCAGUACGGAUCGCAGUCGGUGCCCAUGGACGGCCUGGUGCCCGUGAUUCUUCGAGCGAUGAACCGGUACGAGGGCGAGCUGGACAACAUCAUCGCCUACCAGUUCUGCACCGACAUUGGCGCGUGGAAUAAGUGGGAGGACCUCGCAUUGCGCCAGAAGAACGUUGGGUACCCGGGGAUGGGUACCUCGCGCCAGGCCGACGAGGACCAGAAGCGCCUCGACGUGGUGAACGGGCCGAAGUGCGUCGAGAAGCUGAAGCUGGUCGACUCGAUGAAGCAUAUCCGCAAGGACUGGGGCGACAUGGAGGUGUUUGCCAUCGACGACAUCACGGCGCACGAGAUUGACGACGGCAUCUCGCUGGAGAGGAUCGACGAGAAGACGAACUGGGUGCAUAUGCACAUUGCGAACCCCACGGCAUGGCUGCCGCCCAAUCAUUGGCUCUCGGACUUGGCGUUCCGCAGGAAGCAGUCGCUGUAUCUGCCGAACCAGGUGCUGCCCAUGCUGCCGCCGGCGCUGACGGACAAGAUCGGGCUUGCGUCGAACAGAGGCGUCAUGACGAUGAGCGCGAAGGUCAACAUGGACGGCGAGGUGCUCGACUUCAACCUGCAGCCCGGGUUCGUGAGGAACGUCAAGCGCUUCACCUACGACACCGUCUCUGCGGCGCUGGGCUACCACCAGUCCGCGUACACAACCUUCGAGGUUGGUGAGUUCCCAAAGCCCGCGAGGAAGGACACGGCGAAGCCGAACCAGCGCCAGAUCAAGGACCUCAAGACGCUCAACGAGAUUGCGCUGGCCUUCCGCAAGAAGCGGGUGCAGAACGACCUCAUCAUGGUCGUGACCCCGCGCGUCAACAUCGACGUGCACACGGGCCUCACGCCGUUCGUGCACCCCACGGGCGCCACGCCGCACCUCUACCGCGGCCACCCGGCAAUGCGCCUUAGCAUCGAGACGUCGACCGCGAUCGAGGACGGCUCGCACUUCCUCGUCUCAGAGAUGAUGCAGCUGGCCAACAGCAUCACGGCAAAGUUCUGCGGGAAGCACAACAUCGCCGCGCCCUUUCGCGUCAUGGAGUACGACUACGACCGCGCGGACCUCGUCGCCUCAUACAAGAACAUGAUCCUGCCGGCGCGCAACGAGCUCGGUAGCGUCGAGCCCGAGCUCGGUAUCCAGUACAUGAUGCUCAUUGGCAAAACCCGCAUCAGCGCCUCCCCGAGCCCCCACAGGCUCAUGGGUCUCGACGACGGCUACAUCCGCGCGACGUCGCCGCUGCGGCGGUACUCGGACAUGAUCACGCACUGGCAGAUCGAGGCCUUCCUGCAGGGCAAGGAGCCGCGCACGCACAAGCAGAUCGCGCCGUUCGCGCUGGAGCUCGAGCGCGGGGAGCGCCUCUCGGCCUUCACGAUGAAGGAGAGUAAGCGCUUCUGGGCCGCCGUGGCGAUCAAGCGCCUCAUGGACCUGCAGGACCCGAAGCUGCCGAAGACGCUGACGUUCAUGGUGAUGGAGAAGGUGCUGUAUCCGAGUAUGAGUAUUGGGCUGGUGUGGGAGCUGGGCAUGGCGGGGAAGGUUGCAUAUGAGAGUGCGGCGCAGGAGAUGGGGGUUAGGGCGGGGGAUACGAUCGAGGUGGAGCCGAUGGUGGCGGUGCCUGGGGAGCGGAUGGUGUGGUUUAAGUAUAAGAGGGUAAUUAAGAGGAGGCAGUUGGAUGAUGUGUUUUUGUGA